UCCGUGCGUGACCCCACCUGUAACUUGCCCAUACUGAUACUGUACUGUGUGCUACUGUGCUAGUGUGAGUGACUAUACAACAACACCCGUCUUGUAACUGUUACAAGGAGACUCUUCAAAGAAGUGCUUGUUGCAGUGUAGACGGUGUUGUUAGUGUGAGUGACUUCUGUUACUGUGUGUGUUGUAUUGUCAUGUGACCAGAGCAAACAUGGGCUGUGUACAGUCGUACUUCAAGAGAGCUCACAAUGCGGGUAUAUCUCCAUCAUCCACUCAGGAGUCGAACAGCAAACAGCCUGUUAGCGAGGAUGGGACGCGUCCGGUGCAGGAGGAACGCAGCAUCACAGAGGAGCCGGAGAGUAACGACACUUCGUACGGCGUGGAGGCGACAGCCGUGCGAACACUGGCGGCGACCACCGGGACAGUAGCAAUCCUGGGCACCACAGCCAAGACGGGCGACAAGAAGGGUGACGAGGAGGAUGACGGCAGAUCCGCCAACUCGGCGACUCCAGCAGUCGUGGAGACGAUCCCGGAGGAGCAAGAGGAAGUUACGGUGAACGUAGAAAAGGCCGUGGUUCACGAGGAAGAGAAGAUAGAGGAAUCAAAGAAAGAAGAAAAUGUAGUGGAAACACAGACAAAUAGCGUAGAAAAAAGUAAAGAAGACUCGAGUUUAAAAUCUGAAAGCAGGCCGAAUAGUAAGCUCGUGGAGGAUAAUAGAGAAACAGUUGAAGCAGACGAGAAAGAAGACAGAGGAAUACCACCCGUGGCUUCUAUUGAAACUAAAGAACAUAUGCCUUCAAACACACCACCCUCAGAGACCAAUAAAUCUCCUGUUUCUGACUCAACUAAUAGCGAAAGAGUUUCACCCAUUGCCAAACUACCAGGUGCUGUUAAUGAGGAAACGACCUCAAAAAAAGACGUAGAUAACUCUCUAGAACCGUUGGAAAACGAAUCUGUCAAGGACAAAGAAGAAGAUGUAUCAAAAUCGAUAUCUAGCGAGCGAUUAAAAACUAAUAGUAUAUCUAAUACAACGUUAUCGUCAGAUUCAAUCGUCGAACUGGAUAACAAUAGUGUUAAACACUCACCUUCUACAGAUAAAGUUAUAGAAAGUUUUGAUAGUUCGAGUACAGUUGAAUUCGUCGACAAUGCCAUUAAAGAGAACUUAAAACAAGAGGGAACUAAAUCAAAUCCUGCGAGAUCAAUCAGUUCUGACUUGUCAAACAAAGCUAAUCUUCCUUUAGAUGGAGAAAAGACGCCUGACGUACUUUCUCCCGAAGAUCAAGAGCGAAAUGUGAUCGAGGAAGACCUACCACCUCCACCUCCGCCUUUAGAGGAAGAGGACACUCCUGUCAUAGGUGACAACGCGAACAAUCAAGAAACUAUAACAGAGGACUUUUCAAAUUCUAACAGUAAUAAUGGCCAAGCCACGAUAAAAUCGGAGAAUACUGUAGAUUUAACUGAUAGCUUACAAGCCGAACCCCAAAAAUUACAAAGCGAUGAAACAUCUCAUAACAAUCCGGAAGGCAAAAGCUCUCCAAAUCACCAAAGUGAAAUAGUAGAAUCUGUUAGUCCAUUAAGUUCUAAUAACAGUUCGAUCAACAAUGGAGAAACCGCUCCAAGUCCAGUUACUGCUGUCAGUCUGACGCCCGCCAUAACGAACCUUCAGUCGAUGGAGGAAUCUAAAAGUGAAUCUAUAACUGAUUCUAGUUCUUUAAUAUUAGACAUUCACAAAGAUACUGAUGUUAUCAGAGACGAUAGGGUAACGACUGAAACUAAUGGUACAAUCCAAAAGCCGAUAGAAAAUAAUAAGAAAGAAUCAAAAACCAGUGAGACGGAAAGUGUAAGCAAGGAUGAUAUAAAACCUAAUAAUAAAUUAACAAACGGAUUAUCUUCGAGGUCUGAGACUCCAAACGAUCAUAAAGCAGGAACUAAUAAAAACGACGUGUUAAAUAACAGCCAAGAUGAAAUAAAAGCAAGUCUGGAGAAAAUAGUUAAUGGCUUGCCUGAAUCUAAAUUAGGACUGAAUGCUUCAGAAGUUGCAAACGAAUCGCUGAAAGACUUAGCCGAUGAAAAGGUUGUAGCGGCUGCGACGACGAUUCAAGCCUCUUUCAGGGGUUUCCAAACACGGCAGAACCUUAAAACAAGCGGGAUGGACGAGGAAGAAAGUAAUAAAUUGGAAAUGUUAAGCAAAGACAUUGAAGUUAAUAAGACGAACGUUAAAAAUGAAAUAUCAUCCAAAGUAACCGGCGGAGAAUCAAUAACGGAUUGUUCCGAAUCGAUUUUAGAGAACGCUGAUGACAAAAUUAUAAACGCAGCGACAACGAUACAGGCGAACUUUAGAGGAUACCAAACCAGACAAAUGCUCAAGAGUAAGGCAGAUUCUGGACUAGAGCCAUCCGAGGAGAACAAUCAAUCUGUAGAAAGAAGAACUCCGACAGCAUUGACUCCGGAACUAAUAGAGUCUGUAAAGGAAGAGGUGAACGAAAUCUGCAAUGAAGCUGAGGUGAUUGCGGCGGAGAGGUCUGAGUCGGUGGACAGCAUGCUGAGAGGAGUGGACCACGUCGUUGUAGGCACCAAGGAGUCAGCUCUGCCUAGUGUGUCGGACUCUAUCUUGGCUGUGAGAGGCUCCACCACGCCACCGUCAGUCAGUGAGGCUGUGGAGGAAGUGUUCGACUCUCUGACAGACGUGGACGAGAGGACCAUCAACGCUGCCAUGACGAUACAAGCCACCUUCCGCGGCUAUCAGACAAGGAAAGCUCUGCAAGACGACACGGAGCAGCCCGAUUCCAUGCCAGACUACCCACCCCCGGACGAGUACCUCCAGUCUCUAGAGGAUCUGCCACCCCCGGACUUUGAGGCACUGGAGUCGUCCUACUCAGAGGACGUCCCCACUGAGCCUCUGGUGCCGCCACCGCCUCCAGACUCAGAGAUAUUCAAUGAGGAGGACGAGGACGAGCUAGCGGCGUUACAGCGGCCGCAGGAGUGUGAUGAGUUGCCGGAGAAUCGCCUUACCUUGGACACGGAGUCCGAGCAGUCUGACUCAUCUCUGUCCAGCGCCGCUACUAAGAUACAGGCGGGCGUGCGAGGCUACCUCACCAGGAAACAGAUGCAGACGCCUGGAGGUACUGCGACUGGGACCACGUCGACGUCUACCAACCGCACGGCACCCGACAGUGACGGCUCGCUCAGUGUGGACGGCAUGAGGAGUGUGAUAUCCACAGAGGAGGAGAGUGAGGUGACUCGUCACCGCGCCACCCCGGACAGUGAGGAAGUCAGUGAGGUCCGACCUAGCAGAUCCGCCAUGAAGAGGAUGUCUCUGGCUGAACUUCCAUCUCGCAGCCACGCGCCUAUCCGCUCUAGGGCUCUAUCCAUGCAGGUGGCAGGUGCUGGCCCUGGUGUGUCGGAUGAAGAGGUUUGGGACACCUUGAAGAACGAAUUGUCCGACGCGGCUACGAAGAUACAGAGCAACUUUCGAGGUUAUCGCGCUCGCAAGCAACUGCAACGUGAGGACGCGGUCCAGGGGACGUCCUCUAGCAGUCAGGCGACGCCCACACCUACCUCGGACAGUGUGGAGUCCGCAGCAACAACAACAACAACACAGCCAGCCUCAGCUAGUGUGGAGGCCGCAACAACAACAGCUCAGCCAGCCUCAGCUAGUGUGGAGGCCGCAGCAACAACAACACAGCCAGCCUCAGCUAGUGUGGAGGCCGCAACAACAACACCGCCAGCCUCAGCUAGUGUGGAGGCCGCAACAACAACAACACAGCCAGCCUCAGCUAGUGUGGAGGCCACAACAACACCGCCAGCCUUGGGCAGUGUAGAGGCCACAACAACUCAGCCAGCAUCGGACAGUGUGGAGGCCGCAGCAACAACAACAACAACACAGCCAGCCUCAGCUAGUGUGGAGGCCGCAACAACAAGAACACCGCCAGCCUCAGCUAGUGUGGAGGCCACAACAACAACACCUCCAGCCUCGGGCAGUGUAGAGGCCACAACAACUCAGCCAGCCUCGGACAGUGUGGAGGCCACAACAACAACAACACAGCCAGCCUCGCGCAGUGUGGAAACCGCAAUAACAACAACACAGCGAGCGUCUGGGGAGUUCCACGACAUCAUCCCUCUCACACCACCCAAUGUUGGCGACGCGGUUGAAGGUAAAUAAUUAAGGUACAGCACACACGGAGAUGACACCUGAUGUUGGACCUAAACAUUCUGAAGUGGUUUGAGUGUGAAAUAAAGUUGAGUGUUUGAGGACGUGAAGAUUCGUUUCCACCUUUCUCUCGCUACGGCAGACUGAUCA